UUGUCCUCAUGUUACUGUUUACGUCAGGCAGUGUGGGGGGAGAUUUCCACUGACGAACACAAAUUCACCAACAGCUGAUCUCACUGUACUGUACGUGCAUCGAGGACUAAAGGGGAUCGUUUUCACGCCUCGUAUGGUUGUGUCUUCCACUCAUGAUACACAGAUACAUAAUUACUGGAUUGCCAUGGCUACAUUGCAGCGUGUGGGUUUAAAGAGAAAAUAUGGUUUCCCAGAUGAGGAUGCCAUUUACUCUUCCUCAUCCCCCUCAUCACACUCUGAAUGGGACUCUGAUGAAGACAGCCCCCAAAGUGAUAGUGUGGACUUUGGGCCUUUUGGCUCUUUCUCUUCAAGCCAUCCCAUACCAAUUUCAUCCAUCCUGAAGAAGACAAAAGAUACUCAAUCUAAAGGCACUGUUCGGUUUGGCCUGGUUACAGUGUUCCUCUUCCAGCGCUGUCAAGGGUUCAGCAGCGUGCCCAGCCAUGGUGGCUGCACACUGGGCAUGGUUAGACGGCACGCUGCCCGUCAGCAGUUCACCCUGGCGGAUCACGCGGAGGAGCAGCAGCGCUUGCGAAUGGAGAGAGUCCGCAAGCGACAACAAGAGGAGAGGCUGGAGGCCUUGAGGCAGAAGCUGAUCAGUAGUGGGACUCUCACAGUGACCGAAGCAGCCAGCUUGGGAGUGAAUGACGUCCCAGAUGAAGAUGAGGAUCUCAGUAGUACAGAGCUCAAGGAUAUGGGAUCCCUCCGUCCUUACUCUUCCAAACGCAGACGUGCGUUAUUGAGAGCAGCAGGAGUUGUGCGAAUCGACCGGGAGGAGAAGAGGCAGCUGCAGGAGCUGCGGCGGUGGAGGGAAGACUGUGGAUGCCACUGCCAAGGCUUCUGUGAGCCGGAGACCUGCGCCUGCAGCCAGGCUGGCAUCAAGUGUCAAAUGGAUCGCUCCAACUUUCCUUGUGGAUGUUCAAAGGAAUGCUGUGGGAAUCCUGCAGGCCGAAUCGAGUUUAACUCCAGUCAUGUACGGAGCCACUAUAUCCACACACACAUGAAGCUGGAGCUGGAAAAGAGGCUGCUCAAUGACAACAGAGUGAUCGCCACAGAGCAACAAUCAUUGGCGAGGAACAGAGCCAUUACAUUUCCAGUAGAAAAAGACUCUCCCUCAUUCCACCUGAGCUCAGAGCUCUGCAGGCAGGGAGACAACAGCUGGAGCACUGACAUGACUGACUACUCCUGCUCUUCUUCUCUGAGUCUGGACUCUGAGACAGACGCAAGGCCUUCCUCUGAGCGACCCACACUGAACGGGGAUGACACUGGACUCACUCACAUUCUCAGUUUUUCUGAUUCAGAUGGGAAGGGAUGUCCAUAUGUUAAAGAGUAUGAUUUGUCCACAGAAGCUGCUGGUGUCACAUCCACAAAGGAAAGUAGAAUCAGUACAUCUCAAUUGGAGUAUCUGGAUGAAAAUGCUAAUCAGGCCACAAUGGAAUGUAUAAACGACACCUUCGACAUCCCCAAUACACCUUCUGCAUCUCCGGAUCACACCGUGAAUUGUUACAUGGACCUCAGUCUUUCCUCAGACUCUGACCUGGUCUUUUUUGACACUUUUCAUGAGUACGGUGACCGUCCAAGCCACAAUCAAGAGUGCAGUCAUAUGGACUACAUCUCACACCUCCAGUUCCCCCGUUGUCUCAGUCCCGCUCAAAUUGAGGACUCAGGAGUCAAUCUUCUGGAGUCUCUUGUAGGAAUUUCUUAAUAGGGAUCAGAGCAGCACAGUAUAUUUACUGAUGUUUUAAAGACGAAUGAGCCUUGUUCAUUUACAAUUGUACAGUAUGAUUUAAUCUCAUUUACUCUGAGAUAGUGUAAAUAAUUUCUGAAUUUAAGGAUAUUCCUUAGAAAUAUAUUUUAUGAUCUUAAUAGUCUGAAUAUACCAUUCAUGACUAUAGUGUCAAUACAGUUAAAACCACUCAGUUAAAAUCUGUGAGAAGUAUCAUGAGUUAUAAGUCAAUUGCAAGAGGAUACUUUGUUGCCAAAAGUCUUGGAGAGUUUGUACAUUAACUUCAGGUCAGAUUUUAUAUUUACACUUGAUAAACUAUUGGCUUAAUUACCUUUUUAUAAGGUCUCAAAUGAAUCCCAUUCCAGUAAGGAAUGUUUUACUGUUAAA